CGGUUCACCGCUGCCUCAUCAGACGAGCCGGACCUGCUCCGUCUCUCCACGCAUCAAAACAUCCGGAGCAAUGUCGGAUUUCGAGGAAUUUGAGAAGCAGCUGAGCCAGAAUCGACAAGAGCGGGAAAGAGAAAGACACAAAAAGAGGAGUCGCAGUGGAUCUCCGAUCCGAGGUGACAAACACGGCAGCCGGAGCAAAGACAGAGGGAGCCGCAGCCGGGACAAACAAAGCCGGAGCAGGGACAGGAAGAGCCGGGACCGAAGGAGCUCGUCCCGGGACCACAAGAAGCACAGUCACUCUCCAAGGCGAACAAGGAAGAAAAAGACCAGCAAAUACUGGGACGUUCCUCCUCCUGGCUUUGAAAAGAUCACACCAAUGCAAUAUAAAGCUAUGCAAGCAGCGGGGCAGAUACCAACAAUUGCUCUUCUGGCAACAUCCACCACCACUGGACUGGCUGCGGCAUCGACACAAGUACCCAUAGUUGGGAGUCAGAUGACAAGACAAGCCAGACGCCUCUAUGUUGGAAAUAUUCCCUUUGGGGUGACCGAGGAGUUGAUGGCCGAGUUCUUUAAUGCUCAGAUGCGCCUCGCAGGCCUUUCACAAGCUCCAAGUAACCCUGUACUCGCUGUGCAGAUUAAUCAGGAUAAAAACUUUGCUUUCCUUGAGUUCCGGUCAGUAGACGAGACGACGCAGGCCAUGGCCUUCGAUGGAAUCAUUUUCCAAGGUCAGUCUCUGAAGAUUAGACGACCUCACGACUAUCGACCUUUACCAGGUAUCUCAGAGCAGCCAGCGUUCCAUGUCCCAGGUGUCGUUUCCACUGUCGUUCCUGAUUCCCCACAUAAACUGUUUAUUGGAGGCCUGCCCAACUAUUUAAAUGACGACCAGGUGAAGGAGCUCUUGACUUCAUUCGGGCCCCUCAAAGCGUUCAAUCUCGUGAAGGACAGUGCCACGUCGCUGUCAAAAGGUUACGCCUUUUGUGAAUAUGUUGACAUCAGCGCCACUGAUCAGGCCGUUGCCGGGCUCAAUGGAAUGCAGCUGGGAGACAAAAAGCUGAUCGUCCAAAGGGCGAGUGUCGGAGCUAAAAACGCCAACCUUACCUCCAUCAUAGAGACCCCAGUGACGCUGCAGGUCCCGGGGCUCCAGAGGCUGCAGAACUCUGGGAUGCCAACGGAGGUGCUGUGCCUUCUCAACAUGGUGAUGCCCGAGGAGCUGGUGGAGGACGAAGACUACGAGGAGAUCCUGGAAGAUAUCCGCGAGGAGUGCUGCAAGUACGGCAGCGUCCGCUCCAUCGAGAUUCCCCGACCUGUCGAUGGAGUGGAAGUCCCCGGCUGUGGAAAGAUCUUUGUGGAGUACGUCUCUGCUGCUGACUGUCAGAAAGCCAUGCAAGCCCUCACCGGCCGCAAGUUUGCCAACAGAGUGGUUGUCACCAAAUACUACGACCAUGACAUGUAUCACAGACACGAGUUUUAAGGCAAAGGCUGGUCUGACCGAGCAUUUCCAUCCUCCUUUCGUAAGAUUCAGUUCCUUUACUCUGAAGGUUGUGAACGUGUCCAUAGAGAAUGGACCUUGAAAUUAUAUUUUGUUACAUCUUCUACUCAACAAACUGCAGUGUGUUUCUUCAAUCCUGAAUAUUUAUUUUCCAGCUUUAGCCUAUUAGCCUAUUACCCCUACAGUGAACUGAACUCAUCCUGAAUUCAAAACAAUCUAAUCGUCUACGUGACAUUUGCAGUAGAAUGAAUGUGACAUGUAAACCUGAACUAAUACUGCCAGACAAUGUCAGAGUCGCAGUCUAUCAAGUAUGCACUAUAUGAGUAAAAAAAAAUUCCCCCUGAGCACAAACAUUUAUUUCUCUUUUAGAGCCAGACUUGAGAAGUCACCCUAAUGUUAUUUGUGAGGCUAUGAUAAUUUUUUUAUUUAUUUAUUCAUUUUUUCCAAAUAAAUUAUUUUUGUCUUUACAUGACAAAUCAAUGUUCCUUAAACAUAUGUGUUGCUGUUACCUGUGCUCACAUACUUGCAUAGACCAAAUGUCGAUUUGUCAAAAGUGAGAAGAAACAGCCUCAAGGGUCAUUUUGUACCUAUAGAACAUUCAUAUUUAAACAUAAUAAAUAAUAUAUAUAACUUUGCACACUGGAAGCUAUUUCAGUUAGUAAAUUAUACUAAUAAAAUAUGAAUCGUAAUAUUUGAAAAGAAUUCAUCUAACACUGUUGACUGUUUUUAAACCCCAACCCCAAACAGUGAUUGUCCAAUCACAACUUACAUACCAUAACAAUAAGCAAAGGCUAUAUAUAUGCUAAGUACAUGUUUUAUUCUAACUCACUACAGUCAUUUAUGCUGUAGCUUUUAUGUCACAUGAAUCAGCUGUUUCGUUUUAAACCACUGUAUGGUAACUGGUCCUGGGUGCUUAACUAAUCACAGUGGGUAGUCGUUUUUCAAUCAAUUCAUGAAGCAGUGUUGAUGUUAGCUUAACUUGUUUGCUAGCUGCUGCUGAAAAAAUCUGUCAGUCACAGUUUCAACCAAGAGAAACUGACGGAAUAAUUAUUUUCUCCUUUUGUCCACGUCUGUCUUAAAUCAAUUAUUUCAAUUGAGAACUUAA